GCGAAUAUUUCACUUUCAAACGGAUUAAUAAAACAUGAAAAGUUUCAUCCUAAUUCUUCUUGUUGGCACAGUUAGCGCCCAAUGGCUAAGUGACUGUGGUAAAAGUAAAUAUAGCGAUGCAGGCAGAGAAUUAGAAAGGCAUAGGAGUCCUAGAGUUGUUGGAGGAUGGGAAUCUAGACCAAACGAAUUUCCCUAUCAAGUCAGCAUCUACAUAUUUAAAGUUCACAAUUGCGGCGGAGUUAUCUUGAAUACAAAUUGGGUUUUGACUGCAGCUCAUUGUGUUUCGUCCGGAUCAACUAUUGGAGUAGAAGUUUUGUCUGGGUAUCAUAAAAGAAGUCAGCCUCACGGCCCAGAACAAACAUCAAACGUUUUACAAAUCAUUAAUCACGAAGAAUACGAAGAUCCUUUAGAACAUUCAAAUGAUAUUGCCUUGCUGAGACUUGCUACUCCUUUGGUGUUUAAUGAAAAUGUAGCGCCAGCUUGUAGCCCACGUUCUGUGGAUUAUGUUGAUAAAAUUGUCACUAUUUCGGGGUGGGGUGGUACGUACUCUGGAAGUCCUGCCACAGAUGAACUUAGAUAUACUAAUGUUAGAGUAUGGUCCAAUACUGACUGCGAAGGACCGUAUCCAGAUGAAAUAGAUGACAGCAUGAUCUGUGCAUCUGCCCCAGGAAGAGAUACCUGUCAAAUGGACUCUGGUGGUCCAAUGGCUUUCAAUAACAAUGGAAAAUUCGAAAUCGUUGGAUUAACAUCAUGGGGAGAGGGAUGCGCCCUUCCAACUCAUCCAGGAGUAUAUGCUAAAGUUAGUGUGCAACUUGAUUGGAUAAAGAGAAAUGCCGUUUAACCACACAAGUUAUCCCUUUAAAUUCUUUUUAAAAAUUGUCUAUUCUCAUCUCUAGAAAUGAUCAUUUUUAUCAUGUAAAAAUAGUCUUAAUAAACUAAUUAACAAAAGGAUAAAACCAUGUAGAACGAUUUAUUUUGCUAAACUCAAUAAAUGGAAUGUAGAUGGCGCCAAC